GUAGGUGGAGUAAAACUGAGGCUGCAGGGUGAGCAGCAGAAGGCUGAGGAAACAUGCAUGAAAACAGCCUGCAGAUGGGCGAGAUAAACAGGAUCCCCAGGCUGUGACUGAGUAGGCAGGCCUCUUUAAUGGCUCUUAGCAACGCCCCUGCUCUGACCCUCCUCAUAUGUGAGGAAAAUCAAAUCAAUACACUGUUUGUCAAACCACGAUGCUGCAGCAGCAGCAGCAGGGCAUUGUGGCAGCCUUCGUCUCUUAAAUUCACCAGUGCUUUUUCAGCCGUCCCUGCACAGCCAGCCCUGCACAGCCAGCCCCGCACAGCCAGCCCUGCUUCUCUGCUGAGGAAGACCCUGCCUGCAUCUUGAAUCGGAUUGCUCGAGCUCCCAUGUGCAGCCUUCUUCAUCUUAGCAAGGAUUAGUUCCAGAGAUGGCUAACAGAGGACCAAGCUAUGGCUUAAGCCGAGAAGUUCAGGAAAAGAUUGAACAGAAAUAUGACCCGGAAUUAGAGUCUAGGCUGGUGAACUGGAUUAUUGUGCAGUGUGGAGAGCAGAUAGAGCACCCUCCUCCUGGAAGGCAGCAUUUUCAGACCUGGCUGAUGGAUGGAACGCUGUUAUGCAAGUUAAUAAACAGUUUACAUCCGAAGGGAAAUGAGCCCAUUGCAAAGAUCUCCGAGUCAAAAAUGGCUUUCAAGCAGAUGGAACAAAUUUCUCAGUUCUUAAAAGCUGCUGAAAUGUAUGGAGUAAGGACAACAGAUAUUUUCCAGACAGUGGAUUUAUGGGAAGGGAAGGACAUGGCAGCAGUGCAGAGAACCUUAAUGGCUCUAGGCAGUUUGGCAGUCACCAAGGAUGAUGGCUGCUACAAAGGGGAUCCAUCCUGGUUUCACAGGAAGGCGCAGCAGAAUCGACGAGGCUUCUCAGAAGAGCAGCUUCGCCAGGGACAGAACGUAAUAGGCCUUCAGAUGGGCAGCAACAAGGGAGCGUCGCAGUCGGGUAUGACAGGCUAUGGGAUGCCGAGGCAGAUUAUCUAACAGCAUCUCUGUCUGUACAGCAAACACUCCUCCUGCAGCAUGGUCUGGUAAAACAACAACAAAAAAAGCUCAUUAGUUACCUUUCUGCCUGGUUUUUCAUAGUUUAGCUCUCUCUAAGGUUUGGAGUACUUUUAGUUUGGUUUGUUUUAUUUGCAGCUGCAAGAGUUCACCUAGGAACUUGGGUUUUCGUGGUGGUAUGUGUCAGUUCACAGCACGUGCACACUGCUGCCUCCUACUUUUCACUUCUGAACUAUGCAAAGACAAUUAUUCUGUAUUAAUUUAUUUGCAAGGUGUUAUCUUCCGUAUUUGUCCACACUGUACUUGUAUCUCAACCAGUAACCUCCCUCUUCAAUUCAGUGAUGACGUUGUUUGACCUGAGAAUAAAGACAAAUUAAAGAUACCUCUUAGACUUGUUAUUUAAAGAAAGUAAAGCAACUAAAACCGAUGACCUCCUGAGA